UUGACUGUAAUAGCGCAUGCACGAUCCAUCUAGCGUCUACCUGCCAAUGCCUGGUGUUGUAUCUAUAUAUAUGACCUUGGUGUAGGGUUACUGCAAUAAGCAUUAAGCAACAACAAUUAAGCUUGAUAGCUAGAGAAGGUGGUGGAGCAACCGGCCGGCAGCAAGCAGGCAACAUGUGUAAGAUCAUGCCCCCCAUGGCAGCAGGCCUCGUCGUCUUCUUCUUCGCCGUCCUCUUCUCGGCGGCUGCUGGCGGCGAUGCGGCGGUGGUCGAGCACACGUUCGUUGUGAACCAGGUGCGCAUGCGGCAUCUGUGCAACGACACGCUAGUGACGGUGGUGAACGGGCAGUUCCCCGGCCCGGCGUUGGAGGCCACAGAAGGGGACACCGUCGUCGUCCACCUCGUCAACCAGUCACCCUACGGAAUCACAAUCCACUGGCAUGGCGUGAAGCAGCGGCUGACGUGCUGGGCGGACGGCGCCGGGAUGAUAACGCAGUGCCCGAUCCAGCCCAACACGACCUUCACCUACCGGUUCGAUGUGUCCGGCCAGGAGGGCACCCUGUGGUGGCACUCCCACGUCUCCGCGCUCCGGGCCACCCUGCACGGCAUCAUCGUCAUCCGCCCCAGGUCGGGCUCCUACCCGUUUCCCAAGCCCGACGUGGAGGUCCCGGUCAUCAUCGGUGAGUGGUGGCAGAGGGACCUCGUCAAGGUGGACAAGAACUUCUCCAUCGGGGGCUCGUUCGACGAUAACCCCGCCGCCAUCGCCAUCAACGGCAAGCUCGGAGACCUCUACAACUGCUCCGGGGUGGCGGAAGACAACUUCGUGCUCGACGUGGAACCCGGCAAGACGUACAUGCUGCGGCUGGUGAACGCGGCGCUCUUCUCCGAGUACUACUUCAAGGUCGCCGGCCACAAGCUCACCGUGGUCGGCGCCGACGCCAACUAUCUGAAGCCGUUCACCACAGACGUCAUCGCCGUCGCGGCGGGCGAGACCAUCGACGUGCUCAUGGUAGCCGACGCCCCGCCCUGCAGGUACUACAUGGCUGCCCUGGCCAACCAGCCGCCGGUGCCUGACCCGCAGAUCCCGGUGUUCGUCUCCAGAGGGGUGGUGCAGUACAGCAACAUCCCCAAGGACGCAAAAAACUGUACAGAGAAAUCGCCUCUCAUGCCUGUGAUGCCUGACCAGCACGACACGAUCACGACCUUCUACUUCCAUGGCAACCUCACCGGCCUGCAGCCUGGUGGCAACCCGCUGCUGCCUCAGGUCCGGGGCCGCGUGGACGAGCAUCUCUUCCUCACGCUGGGCAAGGGCUCCAUGUGCACGAACAACAAAACGUCCUGCAAGCGAGGAGGAAACCCGGAGUCCUUCGAGGUGGCCUACAUCAACAACGUGUCCUUCCACCUCCCGGACACCACGGCGGUGCUCCAAGCGCGAUACUAUGGCGGCAAGCUCAACGGCGGUCGCGGUGCCGUGCCGGUGCAGGACCUGCCCAGCAGGCCGCCGAGGGCGUUCAACUUCACCGACCCGGCGCUCAUACCGGUUGUGCCCGGCGGCAAGAUGGAGGAGCUCGAGCCCACGCGGAAGGCCACUAUGACAAGGCGGUUCGCGUACAACGCGACGGUGGAGGUGGUGUUUCAGAGCACGGCCACCAUGCAGAGCGACUCCAACCCGAUGCACCUCCACGGCCACGACUUCUUCGUGCUCGCGCAGGGCCACGGCAACUACGACGCCACCAAGGACGUCAGGAGCUACAACCUGGUGGACCCGCCCAUGAAGAACACCGUGCAGGUGCCGAGGCUCGGGUGGGCCGCCAUCCGGUUCGUCGCCGACAACCCCGGGGCUUGGUUCCUGCACUGCCACUUCGAGUUCCACAUGGCCAUGGGCAUGGCCGCGGUGUUUGAGGUGGACAACGGGCCCACUCUUGAGACCACUCUCCCGCCGCCACCCUCGGAUCUGCCAAAGUGCACGAGAUAGAUGCGCUCCCUAUCAUGGACUACUAAAUAGCAUCACAUUUUUAUUUACCUAAUAUACUGGAAUUCUUUCUUGGCACGAAAUAAUGUAGUAGAUGAUUCUUCCCUGCUUUUCAGCGGAGUAUUGUAUUUGAGUAUUGACAUUGUUUAGUACAUUUAUAUCAAGAAGAUACCAAUUAAGCCCGGCAUCUCUGCAGCAACAAGAGCUAGUCAACACAUCGAGAAUGCACACCAUCAAUUACUGUUAUCCACGCCAAGCAACAGCAUGGAACAUCCAUUGACAACACAUGGAUUCGUGAGAAUGGUUCUUCAAAAGCAACACCCACUAUUGCGUUGACAUUGUGUUUAGUCUUUAGUGGUAUAAAAAGGGCAAUAUAAAAAGGCAAAUAAAGGAAAACACACAAAUCCAUAGCAUCAUUAGUAUACUUAACCAUCUUCCCGGUACACACGUGUUUUAUGUGCCCUCAUGCUGAUUUUUGUGUUGGCACUCCUAUCAACGAGAUGUCGAUGGGUCGUAAAAGACAGGAAAAGACAGCUCUUUCGCAUGAUGAGGAGGCCGACUCUUUCUCUCUUCACACCAUUUGUUGUACCUUAGAAAGCUUGUGAUCUUUCUCCCUAAAGCCUCUUUUUUUUGCGAAUCAAGUUAGAAAAAGCAAGAAGAGACACCAAGCCAAAAGGCAAUUCUCUCUUCACACCAUUUGUUGUACCUUAGAAAGCUUUCAAGUGUGCAAAUUAAAUUUGUUCUGGAAAGUUGAUGUCACCUCAAGAUCUACUUCUAGUUAAGUGAUCUUAGGCAUUCACUAGACGUGGCUAUCGGAGAAGAAGAGAGACUCGGUGUCGUUGGGCAUAUCUUUGUGUUCCACUCGUCUCUCCAACAAACAUGAAUGUUCAGCCAAGAACAUUUUCUUACGGAACCUCAGCAGAGGGCAGGGUGCUCCUGCGAUUUCAUUAAGAAGAAGAGAGUCGGCCCCAAUUUAUAAGGAAAACUAGGACAACAAAACACACGACAUCAAGGUUGACUACAGGACAACUGUGCAAAAAAAAAAAACGACGAAUACAAGCAGCCCCUAAACAAAGCUAGGCUCCACCACUAACCACAACCAACGACCAAGGGCCAAAGAGACCCGGGAUACGGGAGAAGAAGCUAUUUGACAACGCC